UCAUUAUUAAAUAAUGAAAUUUGUAGAAAAUGGAAAGAAAGUAGGAGUUAGUAUGUAUAUGAGACGCACGAGAACAAGAUGCCAUGAACUUGCCUUACACCCUUAACCUUUCUCACCUUUAUCCAUCCCAUUCCCAUCUUCAAUACUCUUUCAUGGCAGCGCCAUCGCCAUAUCUCAAUCUAUAUCUGCUCUGCCACCCAUAACCAGUCAUUCCGGUAUUGGUGAUUCCCCACUUUAUGGCCAAUAUACGUCCGCUUUUAACAAACUUCAUCUCCCUCCUCGUCAUCGUACUCCACCUCGGUUGCUUCACCAUCUACCCCACCACCCGCCACCACCACCACCGCCACCGUCCCAAAACACCUAGAAAAGCAUCUGCUCCAGUCCCUCUGCUCCGUGUCACUUCCACCAAACUCAAACGCCAUGGAUGCCUCUCUUCCUUUUGGUCAUUCAUCAAACGAGUCUUCUCAACCAAAUCCACAUCGCAAGUUACAGACAAGAAGAACUCGAUUCAUGUUCAUCAAAUACCUUCUCCAGCAUCUUCAACCCGUUCAAUUUCAUUCAUUCCACCAGACGCCCAAUCCACAACCCGACCAGGUUCGCUCACGGAAUCCGAUUACCUUCCCAUGCGCAAUGAAAUCCAUCCCUGCCUGAACUGCGGUGAGGUUUUCCAAAAACCCGGAUUGCUUGAACAACACCAAUCCAUCAAACACGCUGUUUGCGAGCUUUUGGAUGACGAUCCCGGAAAGAACAUUGUCCAGAUCAUAUUCACAACCGGUUGGCCUGAGAAAACACCGAUUAUCUCCCGGAUCAUGAAGAUCCACAACACCCCAAAGAUACUUGCCCAGUUUGAAGAAUACAGGGAGAUCGUGAAGUCAAAGGCGGCGCGACCCGGUGAUUCCCGGCGGAGGGACGAACGAUGUAUCGCCGACGGCAACGAAUUGUUACGAUUUUACUGCACCACUUUCCUGUGUGAUCUGGGGCAAAAUGGUAAUUCUAGCAUCUGUGUUAACCAGUAUUGUAAUGUGUGUGAGAUAAUCGGAUCCGGGUUUUCACCCAAACUGGAUGGUAUAUCCACUUUAUCGAAUAGCUGGAGAGGACACGUGGCAAUUCCUGAUGACAUCGAGGACGAGUUCGGGUUCAUGAACGUGAAACGGGCAAUGAUUGUCUGUCGUGUUAUAGCGGGUCGGAUCGGUUGUGACAAAGGUUCGGGUGACAAAGAUGACCCGGGUUAUGAUUCUUUGGUGGGGAGGGAAUCUGGUGCGAGGCAGAGCAGGUUAGAAGAAGAAGACGAGCUAAUCGUGUUUAAUCCGAGGGCUGUGCUUCCUUGUUUUGUGAUUGUAUAUACUGCCUGAUUAUGAUAUGGGUGGUGGAUUUUUUGGAGUAGGAUGGUAGAGUGGGGUGUGAUGCAGACCAGAGAAGCUCGCUAACAGGCUUUGCCCCGACCCGGACUACAGCGGUGCUAUGUUUACUGAAAUUGUGGUAUACGAUAUGAUGAGUUGUACUUUUCGCUUUAACUGCUGUAUUUUUAUUUUUAUUUUUUAAUUUAUGUGAUUGGGCCUUGGCAAUCGUAAAAGAAACCAAUAAUAGUCCACUUUUAAACGUGUAGAAAGUUAGGUUAUAAUGUCAUUAGAUAUUUUCUGA